AUGUAAACACGUACUUUAUUUAAAGUCGUUUCACGAAAAAAUGAUCCCUAAUAAGAAUAGCUCCAUAAAAUUUUGCUCGCCCAAAAAAUUGGGAAAUGAAGCAAAAAAGACACAUAGGCAAAGCAAGUUAGUUAAUGCAAAUCUUAGGCCAUGAGUAUUUUAUUUUAUUUUUUUUGCUUGAUACUUGAGAGAGUUUUCAAUUUCCUCAUUUCUUCUGAAUUUUGAUACAUUUCUGUGUCACCCCUUCCUAUUUUUAGCUAUUUAUCUUCUCAUCUCUCUCAAUUUUUGUUUCAUUACCCAGAAAAUAUUUUUGUUAUUUUUCCCAAUUACCAAUUAUUUUUUUUUCAUUUUAUAUAACAAAAAACAAUCCAAGACUAUUCGAUCACUAUCCUUUUUUCAGAUCUCAGUGGCUUGAUCAACAGUCUCAUCAUCAAUUUUCUAUUUUUCCCUUCAGCUUAUAUGAUGUGUUUCAUGAGCAUUGAAGAAAAACGAGCGUGUUAGUUCAAGUAAUGGAACAUCAAAAUGAGAGCGAAUUAGUUGGUGAAAGUGUUCAAGACAAAGAUGAGAACUCUAAUUCAGAAGAUAGGCGUAGAUCUUCGUCUAUUUCAUCAGUAUCAGACAUUGAAUCAGCAAUAACCGAUUUUUCUUUAGACGAUUCAACUCAACUCGAUAGAAAUGAUCAUGGUAGCCUUGCAAGUGAUCAAGAUCAAGAUGAUGAUAACGAUGAUGGACUCGAGAUGCCAUCAGGUGAUGCAGCAGCAUUAGAAUUCCCAACAGUUCAGGUAAUGGAGCGGCCUGCUGACGAUUCUGGAUAUAGAAUUCCAUCGUAUGUGUUUGCGAGCAACAAAUCAUCGAAUCCCGAGUGGAGUUUAGCUUCGAAUGAGUCGUUGUUUAGUAUUCCAGCAGGGAAUAUGAGUUUUACUCGAGAUCAGUUUAGUUGGUUGUUAAAAUCUGGCGAAUCAGGUCCUUGUUGGUCUAGUGACUUACCUAAAUCAGGGGAACUCCCGCCUCCUUCGCCUAGAAAUGCACCAAAAGCUGCUGAUUUACGUCUAGACGAGACAAUGCCACUUACAAAGCCCGAAGUGAUCGAAUCAGGACACGAAAGUAUAGCUGCUCCUCCUUAUCGAUCUGAGAAAGAUGUCGAUUUUCAUGGAACAAGUCCACCAAUUAAUGAAACUGCUGAUUUCGAUUCCGGGGUAAAAAAAGACGGUCUAAUUGUCGACACGAAAGAAAAAACGUCAUCAGUUUCAGGUUCAGAAGAUUCACCUCUUUCGAAGUGUAUAUCACACCGUUCAGAUCAGUCCUUUGCAUUUCCGGUACUAGCAGAAGUUGGACGAGAUAAAUCAGUAAACUCCGGGCGCAGCCAUACACGAGCUGAGCAUCGAAAGAACUCAUUGGUACCCGAGACAGAGGCACCCAAGCCGUCACCCAAAGCGACUACUGAAGCGGCGCCUGCAUCUAAAUCAUGGUUUUCUUGUUUUUCUUGUUGUUGUUGUUGUUGUUGUUAAGUUAUGGUUGUAAUGUAUCAAAACAAGAAGUAUCUACAAGAGUAAUCCACUUUGUUAUGCACUUUGUUAUACAAGUAUCCUAACCUUGUGUUAUAUAUAGAAUAAUCCACUUCUAAUUGUAGUGUUUUGUAUUUUGU